AUGAAGUUCCGAAUAGAGGACCUCGACGUGUACUUCCCGUACGAGUACAUCUACCCGGAGCAGUACGAGUACAUGGUGGAGUUGAAACGUACGCUGGACGCCAAGGGCCACUGCGUGCUGGAGAUGCCGACGGGCACGGGCAAGACCAUCACGCUGCUGUCGCUCAUCACGUCGUACCAGAUGGCGCGCAAGGGCACGGGCAAGCUCGUGUACUGCACGCGCACCGUGCACGAGAUGGAGAAGGCGCUCGCCGAGCUGCGCCUGCUGCACGCCUACCAGCAGACCGCGCUCGCGGGGGAAGCCGCCGCCGGCGCCGGCGCGGGGGAAAACGGCGCAGGGGGGAAAGGCGCGAGCGGAGUCCCGCGGAUAUUAGCCCUGGGGCUGAGCUCGCGCAAGAACCUGUGCAUCCACCCGGUGGUGGCGGGCGAGGGGUCGCGCGAGAGCGUGGACGCGGGGUGCCGCAAGCGCACGGCGUCGUGGGUGCGCGCGGCCGCGCUGGAGAACCCCGACAUCGAGGUCUGCACCUACUUUGACCAAUUUGACCGCAAAGGACAAGAAGCCGCUCUGCCGCCCGGAGUGUACACGCUCCAGGACCUGCGGGCGUUUGGGCGGGAGAAGGGGUGGUGCCCGUAUUUUCUGGCACGGCACAUGAUCAAUUUCGCUAACGUGGUGGUGUACAACUACCAGUACCUGCUGGACCCCAAGGUGUCGGGGAUAAUCUCUCGGGAGCUGGAGCGGGAGAGCAUUGUGGUGUUUGACGAGGCCCACAACAUCGACAACGUGUGCAUCGAGGCUUUAAGCGUCAACGUGCGCCAGCAGACCAUCGAUGGCGCUCACAGGAACCUCGCCCGGCUCAACACAACCAUUGAGCGGUUCAAGGCAACGGACGCGGAGAGGCUGAAGGAGGAGUACCGACGGCUGGUGGAUGGACUGGCGCAGAGAGGCAACUUGCCAGGUGAUUGCCUUACAAGCAUGCAGACACGUGGCUGGACAACCCACUGCUACCAGCAACCAUCCUACAGGAGGUGGUGCCGUGCGGAGCACUUCCUGGCCUUCUUGCGCAGCUUCCUCACCUACCUGCACCUACCCCUUCUCACCUACCUGCACCUACCCCUUCUCACCUACCUGCACCUACCCCUUUUCACCUACCUGCACCUACCCCUUCUCACCUACCUGCACCUAACCCUUCUCACCUACCUGCACCUACCCCUUCUCACCUACCUGCACCUACCCCUUCUCACCUACCUGCACCUACCCCUUCUCACCUACCUGCACCUACCCCUUUUCACCUACCUGCACCUACCCCUUCUCACCUACCUGCACCUACCCCUUCUCACCUACCUGCACCUACCCCUUCUCACCUACCUGCACCUACCCCUUCUCACCUACCUGCACCUACCCCUUCUCACCUACCUGCACCUACCCCUUCUCACCUACCUGCACCUACCCCUUCUCACCUACCUGCACCUACCCCUUCUCACCUACCCAUCUACCGCACAGUCCAUCUCACCUCCUCCUCCCUCACUCUCCCCACCUCCUGCCAACCAUCUCCCUCUCCCUUCCUCUCAUCCACCCCCUCCCCCCCUUUCCCCUCUCCCUAUCCCCCCCUUCCCGCCAAUCAGCAUCGGACAUGUGGCUGGCGAACCCACUGCUGCCAGCGGACAUCCUACAGGAGGCGGUGCCGGGCAACAUCCGCCGCGCGGAGCACUUCCUGGCCUUCCUGCGCCGCUUCCUCAGCUACCUGCAGGCGCGCCUCAACACCACGCGCGUCGAGUCCGAGGGGCCCCUCGCCUUCCUGCAUGCCCUGCAGGCGAGAAUGCCAUGGUUGAACGUUCCAUUCACCUUCCUGCAUGCCUGCCCUGCCCGCAUGCAUGCGUGCCACAGGCAGCGACGGGCAUAGAGAGCAAGAGUCUGCAGCUGUGCUACGACCGGCUGCAGUCGCUGCUGCUGACGCUGCAGGUGGCGGAGGUGGACGAGAUGGGCCACGUGCAGUGCGUGUGCGACCUCGCCACGCUUGUCGGCACGUACACGCGCGGCUUCGCCAUCAUCAUCGAGCCCUUUGAUGAACGCCAGCCACAACUAGCUGACCCCGUGCUGCAGGUGGGUGCUGCACGUGGGUGCUGCUGCAGAUGGGGCGGUGCCACUGUUUUCUCCCUAUCAUGCUCGAUUCCUCACUCUUGUUCUUUCAAUCCCUCCUCCUUCUUUUCCUUACUCUCUUCUUGCCUUUUCUCCAGCUCUUUUCUCCCCUUUCCUUCACUCACGCUUUCCACUACCCUUCGCCCCCACCCCUCUCCGCCCCCACCCCUCUCCGCGCCCACCCCUCUCCGCGCCCACCCCUAUCCGCGCCCACCCCUCUCCGUCCCCACCCCUCUCCGCGCCCACCCCUCUCCGCGCCCACCCCUCUCCGCGCCCACCCCUCUCCGCGCCCACCCCUCUCCGCCCCCACCCCACUCAUCCCCUUGCCCGGCAGCUGAGCUGUCUGGACGCCUCACUGGCCAUCCGGCCCACCUUUGA